GGAACGUCUUCUGGACAGAAUGGUCUCCUUCUCCUCACAAGGACUACAGAAGGUAGACAUACAGGAGCACUUCCUCAUUGUGAAGGAACUUGGAGAAGGCGGUUUUGGAAAAAUAUUCUUGGCACACAACAGGAACACAGGUCAAAGAAUGGCAUUGAAGGUCAUUGAUAAAAACAGAAGCAGUCAGCGGUCUUUCCUCCGGGAGUUCAGUAUUUCCUUUUUGCUUUCAGUUCAUCCCAGCAUCAUUGAAUGCUGUGGCUCCGCCUUCACCACCACCGACCACUUUGUAUUUGCCCAAGAACUGGCACCUCUUGGCGAUCUACUCUCCAUGAUUAUACCAAAUGUUGGAAUUCCAGAACAUGCAGUAAAAAGAUGUGCUGUGCAGAUCUCAAGUGCUCUUGAAUUCAUGGCAGCAAAAGGACUGGUACACAUGGAUGUGAAGCCAGAUAAUGUUUUAGUUUUUGACCAGGACUGCCACUCCAUCAAGCUCACAGACUUUGGCCUUGCUAAGGUCAAAGGGACAGUGAUUAGGGGCAUGUGUGGCACCACGUCCUUUAUGGCUCAAGAAAUGUGCAAAGUUGAAAUUUCAGAUGGCCUGGUUGCGGAUGGAAGCCUUGACGUUUGGUCGUUCGGAGUGGUCAUCUAUUGCCUACUUACAGGGGAGCUUCCAUGGGAGGAUGCCAUUCCCGAAGACGUCAAAUAUAAACGUUUUGUUGAAUGGCAAAGCAAUUUCCAAAUGCACAAAUUUCCUGAAACAUUGACCAAGGUUGGCUCUGGGAUUUGGUGGAUGUUGGGUGAUCUUUGGGCCAUUGACUGUACUAAAAGAUGUCAACCUUCGGAAGUGCUUAAGUACCUGAGUGAAAGUUGGAAAGCAGAAACCAUAAGACAAGGUGAUGAGGAUCCCAUAGAAAAAAGUUAUUAUGUGCAAUCUCAUGAACCCCUGUGUGAGGCUUCCCAUCUGAACACCUCACAAGACAGUGAUACAACUUUCAGGUCCACGUCUGGUCACUUGGUUAUAGACACUUCUGUAUCUGAAUUUGACAUUACUCCUGAGCCACAGAAGUACAACAUGGCAGAGGCUCUAAUCGUGUUCGAUUGAUGAGUUCUCUUUACAUGUUGGUGUAGAAGUAAAUAUUGGUUAAACGAGAAUUGGAAGGUGAUGGAGCACCUAAAAGAACAUCACAU